GGAAACGAUGGUCCGUAUUGAUGUGAUCGCUGCUGGCGUCUCCCUGUCAGAUGAGUGUGCGUGGAGGCCGACCUGUGACCAGUCACACAAGCAGCGCAACGCUGCAGGGCAAAGUUUACAGCGGAGCCUGUAUAUCCAGCUCCACCGAGGACACGCACACACACACGGACUUAGAGCUGCACGGUGAGACGCUGAGCUGAGCCGGUGUGUGUGGAGGAGGAGGGGGGGCACAUGCAGCAUGUAGCUGCUGGUGUGCAUGUCUGUGAUUAAAAAGGAAGGACUGUCAUCUCUCUAUGCUGGUUGCUGUUACCAGCCUCUUCUCUCUGCUGUGGCCCGCUUUCUGCUUCUGAUCCCCGGUGACCAGCUGGAGCCAUGGGUGGGAGUCUUGGCUGCCACCGCUCCAUCCCCAAAGACCCUACAGACUUCAGCUGCGGCAAGCGCAAAUUCAGCGCUGCGUGUAACUUCGGCCACAUUUUGGUGAACCAGGAGCGGCUCAACAUCAACACAGCCACCGAGGAGGAGCUCAUGACUCUGCCGGGAGUCAACCGCACUGUUGCGCAGAAUAUCGUGGAGUACCGGGACUGUAUCGGUGGGUUUAAAAAGGUGGAGGAUCUGGCUCUUGUGAGCGGGAUCGGUGCGACUAAACUGGAGGUGAUCAAACUGGAAAUAUGCGUCUCCAGCAGGACCAGUUCGUCCCAGCACUCCCCGUCCUCCCUGCGCAAAGAUCUGGAUCACCAGUCCUCCACCGGGAUGAACAUUAACACCGCAACCCCGGCUCAGCUCAUGAGCAUCCGAGGCAUCACGGAGAAGAUAGCCAAGAACAUCGUGGCAUACCGGGCGGAGCACGGUCCAUUUAAAAGCAUCGAGGACCUGGUGAGGGUGAACCACAUCAACAGCUCCUUGCUGGAUAAAAUCCGCUUCCAGGUGUUUGUGGAGCGCUCCAGGGCGCCGUCCACCAACACCAAUGGAGGGUUAACCUGCACCACCAAGUCCCACCCGAGCCCUACUUCAUUCAGUCUCAUGAGCGAUGACCUGGACCUGCCGCCCGGAGGACCGACCCAGAUCAUCUCUGUGCGGCCCAACGUGGAGCCCCCUCUCGGCCUGCGAGAUGGGAAGUCCGUGGUGCGCCUGGCCACCUGGAGCCUGCAGGGCUGCUCCUGCGAUAAGGCCAACAACCCGGGGGUCAAAGAGGUGGUGUGCAUGACCCUGCUGGAGAAUGACAUCAAGUUACUGGCAGUUCAGGACCUGCUGGAGCGGGAAGCUCUCGAUAAGUUUUGUGUGGAGUUAAACCAGGGAACACUGGCCAGCGUACGGAAGUGGAAAUGGCCUCGAGGGUUGUGGAAAAGUAUCGUGUCUGAAAAACCCACCGGACAGUCCAGCAAGGGACUGAGCUACUCCGGCUUUCUGUGGGACAGUUCGUCCGGCAUCGAGCUGAGGGAUGCUUCAGUCCUGGAUUCUCCUGUCGUCAAUGGCAACGGGAAUCAUACCUGCCCUCCACUCUACCUGGCUCACUUUUCUGUUGGUUCGUACGAGCUGACGGUGGUGAACGUCCACUUGCAGGCCGCAGCUGUAUCAGGAGAGUCUAAUGGCAAGAACCACAACACAGAUGAAGCCAAGUGUCAUCGACUCUCCCCCAAGAUCCAGGAAACACUCAAAGGUGAGAAGGAGUUGGUGGUGCUGGGAGAUUUUGGCUCACCUCCUCAGAGCUCAGAGCUGGAGAUACUGAGAAAGGAGAAGCUCUGUCCCCUGGUACCAUCCACCCAGUUCACCAACAUCAGCACACGGACACCACAGGGCACCCGCUGCCUGGACAACAUCUGGAUGAGCCGUUCCCUCAAGAAGAUCUAUUCUGGUCACUGCAUGGUAGUGCGGGAAGGCCUGACGAACCCCUGGAUCCCUGACAACUGGUCGUGGGGCGGCGUGGCGUCGGAUCACUGCCCCGUGGUGGCUGAGUUUUACGCAGAUGUAUCCACUAAGGAGCUGAGCAGGCCUGGUAUGGCAGUGGUGGACAGAGGAGACAUUAUGCCCAAACAUGAGCGGUGACAACAUCCACGGCCAUAUAGUAAAAGAUAGACAGCAGAGGAUAACAUCAAACUUUGUCCUGCUCGGAUCCUGCUUUGUCUUCGUGGUCGGUGGAGCGAAGAGUUUCCUGAUGAAUGUGAAGAGGUGCCAAGGAUUGCCUUCUGGGUUUCAAUUUAUCAAUGUAUAAUACUAACCUGUAAGUCAUAGAGCCAUACAAAUGUUCAGACAAUAUAUAUAUAAUGUACUUUAAAAAGAAAUGUGCCAAACAUUUUCUAUAUGUAUAUAAAAUAAAGAGAAAUUAAUAGAUGUU